CUUCGUUCAACAAUGUCGCGAGCAGUACAUAACUGCUUCACUGGAACCAUCGUUAUAGCAUUCAAGGUCAAUGCGCGGGCUCUGAAGAAUAAUAGGAAGAGUGAAAUUUCAAAAUGUCCUUGAACUUCUCUGGAACGGCCAGUCGACGCUGCCGUGGCAUGGCUCACACCCGGCGCAUUACUGCGGUACCCACGCCCUCUGCUCUAUUGUUGAACUUUUAUCUCGUUAACAUUAUUCCGCGUUAAAUGAUAUGGUUCGUAACUUUCCAGCCUUGCCAGGUUUUUACCGGACUCUCUUCUUGUACAUCGAACCAGUGUCGACUGUAUCACCUGCCAUCUUGGCGUGGUUCUUUCCAGGCGCCUCCUGGUUCCACCAUGAGCUAAUACCAGCUGCACCUGCUCCUUCCGGACCGCUAGAUGCUAGGACUACGAUGGCUAUUUGGCAGCUGGGGAACUGCUACCUUCUCCUGGGUUUAAUUUCGUCACUGGUCUUUAGAGCUAUCCGAGAUGCUCUUCCGAACAAUCCGGAGGCUCAGGAGCGUAUACUUGGAGCAAGUUUCACUGCGCUUGCGCUGGCAGACGCAACACAUAUUGCUGCUUCAUUUAUUGGCCUCCCCGACGAGCUCAAGUAUUCCUAUGGCAAGUGGAAUCCCAUGACCCAUGGCAACAUCACCUUUGUGAUAUUCCUCUUGAGCGUAAGACUUGCCUGGUUCGCCGGAGUCGGCCGUACUACAUAUUACUACGGGAAACGGACCAAGGUGGACUGAGGACCUGAAUUAUUUUCUAUGGAUUAGGACGCUAGGCGGUUUCACGUCCGACAUGAAUUAUAUGUGGAAUCUGUAAACCUAACUCUACUGUACAACUUUAAGGUGCGAACGUAAAUCUGAAACGUCCACGAACGAUAAGUAUAAAUCUUAGUGUCCCAAAACGUAUUUGUGGGGAAUCGAAAACCCAGUUUACAGAUCGAUCGGGAUGAAAAAAGGGUCCAAUCCCAGCCGUAAUGCACCACCCCUAUGCGUGGUGAGUAUCGGUGUUACUAGAAAAUUGAAAUGGAGAGGCAACAGCGCAAUGGCCUCAGAUCUACAAGGUUCC